CCAUAAAAGCGGCCGGAGAACCGGAAACUUAUCAUAGUCAAUUGCAGCACAGCGAGGCGUACUAUCGUGCUUUCACACGCAAACAUCGUAAAUACAACAAGACUCUCACUUAUUGUCUCACAAUGGAACUGAAAGUUGUGCUAAUCGUCUUCUGCGUCGGGGCGCUACAAAUCGUAAAUGCACAGAAUUACUGUGAUUCGUCCUAUUGUGGAUCCAGGACGCACAUAGCUUGCAACAACAAUGGGGCAUUCGCAGCGUCCUGCCUAAGUCCAGCCUUGGUCAGUUUUACACAGGCGCAGAAAAACUCGAUUGUCGAUGCGCACAAUGCCAAACGUAACACCGUGGCUGGCGGCAAGACAGCGCUGAAACCAGCCUGUCGCAUGGCCACCAUGCAGUGGGACGACGAAUUGGCCAAACUGGCGGCAUUGAAUGUCAAACAAUGUCAAAUGAAGCAUGAUGCCUGUCACAAUACAGCGGACUUCGAGUACUCCGGACAGAAUUUGGCGUGGAUUACAUUCUAUAACUCGCCGAAUACAACGCAAUUGUCAUUACAAUCUGUGGAUAUGUGGUAUAAUGAGAUUAAGGAUACCAAAAUGGAGUAUAUCAAUAAGUAUCCGAAUAAUUAUUCAGGCCCCACUAUCGGACAUUUCACCGUUAUGGUGGCAGAUCGUAAUAUUCGCGUAGGCUGCGCUGCUUCCACUUACGGCGUAUCGGGUCAACGAUAUAAAGCAUUCUUAUUCGCCUGUAACUAUGCAACAACAAAUAUGAUAAACUUCCCAAUUUAUACGAGUUGUUCGGUAGCAGCUUCGCAAUGCACGACUGGUAAAAAUCCGAAAUACACUAGUCUUUGUUCGGCCUCCGAAAAGUACGAUGUUAACAAAUGGUAUUGAAACAGUGUAGUGCUAAAUGGUGUCCAAAUUUUGUAAGAUUUGAAAUUUGAAUAAAACGACGACAUAAUUAAUAAAUAAUAAUAUACAAUCACGGAA